AAACAGCUGAAGACCAAAAUGGAGAAGAUAGGGAUGCUUGUCCUUUAUGUCUGUUUGACCUUCAUGUCACUGGGCUGCACCGAGGCGCAACCUUCAACAGCGACCACCAACAACACAGAAUCAGCUAGUAGCACUCAAUAUACAGCAACAACCACACCCAGCUACACCUCGACUCACGUAACCUCUGACAACCAGACUACUGGAACUACAACAGCACCUCCCACCUCCUCCACCUCAGCUCACUCAGCUACCAUCACUUCAUCAGACCAGCACACAACUUCCCUUGAAACAACUCAAAGCGUUGGAACCACGAAAUCCACCACUCGCGAUUCUACAACUGGCAGUGGGACUAACACUCCCACAGCUUCCACUACGACGGCAAAAGCAGGGUCUGCCUCUUUGUUCGGCUCCUGCAGUCAACUACUGGUGCCUGUGAUCUCUGUUCUGAUCUACACUGCAUAGGGCACAAAGUGUAAACCCCCACAGAUUCACCUUUCCUCAAUAGAAAUAUUUACUGUGACUGUCUUGCAUUUAUCAUAUCAAUGCUAUGAAGUGCUUUGUUUGCUCUGAGCCCUUUUCCACUUUUAACCAAGAUUGAACCACACACUCUUAAUAAACGUAUAAUUCUAAUAUAAUAACACAGGAUAUGGAAAUUUCUCUGGAUGUUUUGGCAAAUAAAAUGGUAACUGGAUGUAUUUUCUAAUAAAACAUAGCAGUUGGGAGGGGAAUGGUGGGAAACUCUUUGUGUAUAAAACUGAAUUAGUCCUGCAAGAACCUCAAUUUGACUAAAACUGAUGGAAAUGGUAGACUCGCAGACGCAACACCAUUUGCAUUUUGAUGCUUAAGAGAGUCUUACUUUUAUUCAAACAACAUCACAUUCAAAUUCAGGCUGUUUGUCUAAAACCACCUUUAAAGUUUUGUUUUUCUCUCAUGAUGGCAAUGUAUUUCAUUUUAUCUGUAUAAUGAUUGCAAACUGAUGGCUUUUACUUUUUGUGUCUUACACCUUGGGCUGAGUAGUGUAUGAUGUUCCAAGAAGGGCAGGUCUUUUGGGGGAAAAAAUCAUUGUAUAUUCUUGGGAGACUAAGACCAGUUCUAACAAAAUUAAAACAACAAAAGAAGUCUGUUUCAAUUUAAGGUAGUGAUGAAUUUGAACAUUUUAAGUUUGAUAAGUGUGCUGUUUGAGCACCCACUUUGUGGUUUAAAUGCAGUCACAGAUGUAUUCCAAUGGAUAGUUAUUGAGCUAUAAAAUCAGCUGUAUGUUUUUUCAUCCUCAAAGUA